CUUAAUUAAUCCUAUAAGAACGUUUUAUAUAUAUAUUUAUUAUAUUUAAAACAUAAGAAAAAACAACAACAACAAAAAGAAAAAACACAAGGAGAACAACAACAACAACACAUUUUGUUUUGUCGUAAAAAAAUAAGUUUGUAAAAGUUUUAUUUUUUUAAAUUAAUUGUAUUAUCGAUAUUAAUGAGCAACAUGCGUCAAAAGGAUUUACGCCCCGCACCUGCUCUUAUUGAGUUUAAGGGAAUGAAGUUCCUAAUCACUGAUCGGCCAUCAGAUGUAACCAUACAUCAUUAUAUAAUGGAAUUAAAGAAAAAUAAUGUUAACACUGUGGUACGUGUAUGCGAGCCCAGUUAUAAUACUGAAGAAUUAGAAGCACAAGGCAUCACCGUUAAAGAUUUAGCAUUCGAAGAUGGUACUUUCCCGCCGCAGAAUGUUGUUGACGAAUGGUUUGAGAUUUUAAAGCAAAAUUUUAGUAAGAAAAAGUCCUCUACCUCUAGAGCCUCCUUUAUGAAAAACAAACGUUUUUCUUUGAGACAUAAUAAUUCUCAUAAAACAGCAGAUACAAUCAACAACACCAACACUUGUAAUAAUACUACUACCAAUAAUACCACUUCUACUACUACUACUACCACUACUGCAAUUGGUACCAGUCUUAGUACUACUAAUAAUAAUAUUACCAACAACACCAAUACUACUCCCCCUAUCACUACUUCAACUUCUACCAUACAUUAUAUACAAAAUAGAAAUCAAAUUAUUAGCAGUACUAGACAUACUACUGAUGAUCAUGAUGAUGAUAAAAAUACCACUUGUAGGUAAGGUUCUUUUCUCAGUUGGUUCAAAU